AUGAGAGCAACAAAUAUCUUACAAUUUCAAAGCACACCAGUAACGAACUUACUGAGACCGUGGAAGAAAUUCAAAGAUGGUACGAUAUUUUAUGGUCUCACUAAGACCGGUAACAAGCGAACACCAUUAACGACGAAACAAGGUAACAAGACGAUGUAUAAAGGUACCAGAUCUUCAGGUAUAGGUAGACAUACGAAAUAUGGUGAAUAUGUUAUUAAUUGGAGGAAGGUUAGGACAUUUGUUACUCCGACAUUUCCGAAUUUGGAAUUAAAACCUUUGGUUAGCCAUAAUACGAAUGAAUUAAGACACGAAUUUACUGGGUUUAAAAAGGGUCCAUUAGAUAAAAAUUUAUAUUUUGAAAAAAUUAAAGAAUUUAUUCGGGAUGGGAGAGUUCAAGGGAAGGCAAGUGAUGUUUCUUGUCAUGCUGAAAGAGGUUGA